UUUCGUCUGGGCAGUCGCGUGGUCCUGGGUGAGUGUUCGGCAGCCGGACAGAAGGCCGGGCGAGAGUGCCUGCGUCUCGGGCUCUCCAUGCGGCUGUAGCCCCGCGCCGUGGACUUCUAGACUUCUGCCGCGGAGUCCAUCGGAGCGAGCGGCGGCUUCGCCAGUGGGCCGGGUCUCUUCCGUCAGGCUCACCUGAAACCGGAAGUGACGCGUGGCGCACGCUCUUACCUGCGCGGCGGGCAGGGGGCUGUCGCGGCGCGGACCCGCCCCGGCAUCUGCUUCAGGAGGAUGCCCCAUGAGGAAAUCCCCAACUCCACUCACCCUCAGGAGCAAGACUAUUUACCAGGUCAGCAUGUCAGUGCUGACAAAGACAAGCCAGUUGGGCAAGAGAGUGGUGGGGUCUCAGAGGCUGGGGAGUGCCUCUACUCUACUUCCUGUGAGUAUGGGCCAUCCACAUCUGCUGAAGCUUCUGUAUUGGCAGCCACAAGGCGGGGGCCAGCCCUGCUACACAUUGAUCGGCAUCAGAUCCCUGCAGUGGAGCCCAGUGCUCAGGCCCUGGAGCUGCAGGGCCUGGGUGUGGACGUCUAUGACCAGGCCGUCCUGGAGCAAGGUGUGCUUCAGCAGGUGGACAGUGCGAUGCAUGAGGCCAGCCGUGUGGCCCAGCUUGCUGACGCGGAGAAGGAGUAUCAGUCAGUCCUGGAUGACCUCAUGUCAUGUACAACAUCCCUGAGGCAAAUCAAUAAAAUUAUAGAGCAACUUAGCCCUCAAGCCGCUAGCAACAAAGACAUCCACAGGAAACUAGAUUCCGUGAAACGGCAGAAGUAUAACAAGGAGCAACAGCUAAAGAAGAUAACUGCAAAACAGAAACGUCUCCAGGCCAUUCUCGGAGGGGCUGGGGUCCAAGUGGAACUGGAUCAUGCCAGCCUAGAGGAGGAAGAUGCAGAGCCAGGGCCAUCUUGUCUUGGCAGUAUGCUCAUGCCUGCCCAGGAGACUGCCUGGGAAGAACUUAUCCGCACUGGCCAGAUGACACCGUUUGGUACCCCAGCCCCUCAGAAACAGGAGAAAAAGCCUAGAAAAAUAAUGCUCAAUGAAGCAUCAGGCUUUGAAAAAUAUUUGGCAGACCAAGCACAACUUUCUUUUGAAAGGAAGAAACAAGCUGCUAAUAAAAGGACAGCUAAAAAAGCUGUGGUUAUAUCUGAGUCAAGCCGAGGACCAAGUGAAACCAAGCCAGACCAGAGAAGCCAAGUGCUCUCUCAAACAGACAAGCGCCUGAAGAAGCACAUCAGGAAGCUCCAGAAGAGGGCGCUGCAGUUCCAGGGGAAAGUGGCAUUGCCAAGCAGGAAGAAACCUCUGGAGCCUGAGGUGAGGCCAGAGGCCCAGGGAGACACUGAGGGUGAGGAGUCUGGGUCCUCUCCCACUGAUGCGGAGGAGGAGGAAGAGGAAGAAGAAGGGGAAGGGAUAGCCAGCUUGUCUUCCGAUGAUGUUAGCUAUGAGCUGAAGCCACUUCGGAAAGGGAAAAAAUGCCGGAAGAAAGUCCCAGUACAGGAGAUCAACGAUGACUUUUUUCCAAGUUCUGAGGAGGAAGAUGAAGCUAUGGAAGGAAGAGGAGGAGGCCGCAAGGUAGCCAGGCACCAAGACGAUGGAGAUGAGGAUUAUUAUAAGCAGCGGUUAAGGAGGUGGAAUAGGCUUCGGCUGCAGGACAAAGAGAAACGCCUGAAGCUUGAAGAAGAUUCUGAGGAGAGCGAUGCCGAGUUUGACGAAGGUUUCAAAGUGCCUGGUUUUCUGUUCAAAAAGCUGUUUAAGUAUCAGCAGACAGGUGUUAGGUGGCUGUGGGAAUUGCACUGCCAGCAGGCAGGAGGAAUUCUGGGAGACGAAAUGGGAUUGGGCAAGACCAUCCAGAUAAUUGCCUUCUUGGCAGGUCUGAGCUACAGCAAGAUCAGGACUCGCGGUUCAAAUUACAGAUUCGAGGGACUAGGCCCCACUAUAAUUGUCUGCCCAACGACAGUGAUGCAUCAGUGGGUGAAGGAAUUCCACACGUGGUGGCCUCCAUUCAGAGUGGCAAUUCUGCAUGAAACAGGUUCCUAUGCCCACAAAAAGGAGAAGCUGAUUCGAGAUAUUGUUCACUGUCAUGGAGUUUUGAUAACUUCGUAUUCCUACAUUCGACUGAUGCAAGACGACAUUAGCAGACAUGACUGGCACUAUGUCAUCUUAGAUGAGGGACACAAAAUUCGAAAUCCCAAUGCUGCAGUCACCCUUGCUUGCAAGCAGUUCCGGACACCUCAUCGGAUUAUCUUGUCUGGCUCACCAAUGCAGAAUAACCUCCGAGAGCUGUGGUCACUCUUCGACUUCAUCUUCCCAGGAAAGCUAGGCACAUUGCCUGUGUUUAUGGAGCAGUUCUCUGUCCCCAUCACCAUGGGAGGAUAUUCCAAUGCUUCCCCAGUACAGGUUAAAACUGCCUAUAAGUGUGCAUGUGUCUUAAGAGACACGAUAAACCCAUACCUACUGCGGAGAAUGAAAUCAGAUGUUAAGAUGAGCCUUUCGUUGCCAGAUAAAAAUGAGCAGGUCUUAUUUUGCCGUCUGACUGAGGAGCAGCAUAAAGUCUACCAGAAUUUCAUUGAUUCCAAAGAAGUUUACAAGAUUCUCAAUGGAGAGAAUCAGAUUUUCUCUGGACUUGUAGCUCUGAGGAAGAUCUGCAACCACCCUGACCUCUUUUCUGGUGGUCCCAAGAAUGUCAGUGGUCUUCCAGAGGACGAACUGGAAGAAGAACAGUUUGGAUACUGGAAACGCUCUGGGAAAAUGAUUGUUGUUGAGUCUUUGCUGAAAAUCUGGCACAAGCAGGGUCAGCGAGUGCUGCUGUUUUCCCAGUCGAGGCAGAUGCUGCACAUACUGGAAGUGUUUCUGAGAGCCCACAAGUAUUCCUAUCUCAAGAUGGAUGGGACCACCACCAUAGCGUCAAGACAGCCACUGAUUACAAAAUACAAUGAGGACACGUCCAUCUUUGUCUUUCUUCUGACCACACGUGUGGGUGGCUUAGGAGUGAACCUGACCGGGGCCAACAGAGUCAUCAUCUACGACCCUGACUGGAACCCAAGCACUGACACACAGGCCCGGGAGCGUGCAUGGAGGAUAGGUCAGAAGAAGCAGGUGACUGUCUACAGGCUUCUGACAGCCGGCACCAUUGAGGAAAAGAUCUACCAUCGACAAAUCUUCAAGCAGUUUUUGACAAACAGAGUGCUAAAAGACCCAAAACAAAGGCGCUUUUUCAAAUCCAAUGAUCUCUAUGAACUGUUCACUCUGACUAGUCCUGAUGCCUCCCAGGGCACUGAAACAAGUGCUAUUUUUGCAGGAACUGACUCUAAUAUUCAGACACCCAAAUGCCAUUUAAAAAAAAGGACCCCGCCAGUCCUAGGAGCAGAUCUCAAAUGCAAGAAGCCCCCUGUUUCUGGCAUACCUGCAAAUGGUGCCACCUUGAUGGAAGAAAAAUCUAAGGCAGCAGGAACUACAGGAAGUGUCAAUUCUGGAGAAAAUGGUCCUUUGAAAGGCGACUAUCACACAAAUGGGAACAGAACUAGCAGUGUUGCUUUUGCAGAAGAGACAGAUGCAGGGUCCACACUGGAGCGACUCUCCGUGAUGAGUGGAGAUGGGAAGUGCUCAGAUUCUCCAGCAGUUGACCACACAUCCAGGCCAUCAGGGGAGGCGAGCACCAGUGAGAUGCAGGGUUCUUCCUAUGAAGGAGAGUGCUGUCAGGCUCAGACAGAACCUGUUCACAUGAGUGAACAAACGGAAGGUCAUUUCUCUAAGCACAAAUCAAAAAGGAAACAUGAUGCAAUGGAGGAAGAGACCACAGAGAGAUGUCCACAGCCCAAGCAAAAGGCCAAGAACUCCAAACAUUGCAAAGAUGCUAAGUUUGAGGGAACUCGAGUCCCGCACCUGGUGAAGAAAAGGCGGUACCGCCAACAAACCUCUGAGCAGGAGAGCGGAGCCAAGGACCAGAACAGUGAUGAUUAUGUCUUGGAAAAGCUUUUCAAAAAAUCAGUGGGCGUGCACAGCGUGGUGAAGCAUGAUGCCAUCAUAGAUGGGUCCAGUCCGGAUUAUGUGCUAGUGGAGGCAGAAGCCAACCGAGUGGCUCAGGACGCCUUGAAAGCUCUGAGGCUCUCUCGUCAGCAAUGCCUGGGGGCAGCAUCUGGUGUUCCCACCUGGACUGGCCACAGGGGUAUUUCUGGUGCACCUACAGGAGUCAAGAAUAGGUUCGGUCAGAAAAGGAAUUCCAGCCUCCCUGUGCAGCGUCCUUCGUCGCUAACAGAAAAGACUCAGAACAACAUGAAAAAGGAGGGGAAAGCCCACACCCCUGAGCACUUCAGUGGCAAAGAAGAUGGAGCAUCUUUGUCUGGAGCACCCAGUUCCUCCUCACUCUUGGCCAGAAUGCGAGCAAGAAACCACAUGAUUUUGCCGGAGCGCUUGGAGAGUGAUGGCGAGCACCUUGCUGAGGCCUCUUCCACUCCUCCCUGCAACACAGAACAUGACGACCUUCUGGUGGACAUGAGGAACUUCAUUGCUUUCCAGGCCCAGGUGGAUGGCCAGGCUAGCACUCAGGAAAUCCUUCAGGAGUUUGAAUCCAAGCUGUCUGUGGCACAGUCCUGUGUCUUCCGGGAACUACUGAGAAAUCUGUGCAAUUUCCAUAGAACUCCUGGUGGUGAAGGGAUUUGGAAACUGAAGCCAGAAUACUGCUGAACAGUGAUGUUCCCUAAACGCUUUUAAAUGGGAAUCUUGGUGUGUGUGUGUGUGUGCGCGUACUUUGUUUACUGUGUCAUCUACCUCAAGACUAAAACUUGAAGAAAAUAAUUGGAGGGUUUUUGUUUUGUUUUGGUGGCACUAUGAAUUAAGUUAUAAAACCAGGGACCUAACAGUUGUUUAAUGGGGCAAAUACAUUACUUAACCCAAAGGAUGCUGUCAGGGAUCGGUUCUUCUCGAUGGUGCUGGGAACAUGUCUUCUCUUUAUCCACCCCAUUCCAUAAGUCACUUCACGGUAUCUUAUAACCUUAGUACCUUGAUACAGGAUGAAUAAAUUUUUCUGACUCACUGGCCACAUACAGAAAGAUGCUUGCUAUCUGUCAAAUCAUUAAUUACCUAUAAAUAAUUCUUUACAGUACUUUUAAAUGAGCAGGUUUGGGUUUUUUUGCUUUUUUGUUUGUUUUAAAUGUUGCUCAAGACAGUCUGUUGCCUUGCACAUGCUAAGUGUGUGCUUUACCACCAAGUUCCAUCCCAGUUCAUACAUAUGUAUCAAAGAAGGAAGUCUGUAUUUUCUUCUCUGUCAUCAUUAACUAAAGAUGGUGGGAGGGGUUUGUUUAAAUAGGUCAAUACAUUCUAAACUUUAGUACCUGGCUCAGAAGGAAGUCACAACACCCGUUUGUUUAUUUAUUUUCUUCUAGUCACUGGCUUACAAGGGAAUGAUAUUGCCUUUGUCCUCAGGCUGACUACCGACCUGACUCACCAGUGUGAAACGUUUGUGCUGUGCCUGUAAUGUCUGAGAUCUAGUUUGUACUGAGCAGGGAAGGUGUAGUCAUUUCUUAACUGUCAAAAGUGACCUGCUGUGCAGUAAGGAAGGAGUCCAUGUUCCAGCUAUACCCAGCCUGGGAAGGUUAAAUCUGUAAAAAUGGUUAUGCAACCAAGCUGAGAGAAACUUAGGGACCACCGCUCUAGGUUGAAAUACUUUUUAGCAAUAUACAGCACCUUUAUACAUUGAGCUGCAAUCUGAUUUUUUGAACAUUAAAUACUUUGUGUAGUAUAAAUAGAUUUAAUGUAUUAAACAUGUUAAAUAAUUACAAAUAAAAAUUUUUAAAAUACCAG